GCGGAGGGAGAUGCCGACAGUGCUCUCGUCCUCUCGGGUUUUCCAAGAGCCUUCUGUAAAGACGCCCAUGGUCAAAUUCAAAUCCUUCUUGGCCCGAUUCUCAGAGUCGAGUGUGACCGUUCUUAGAGACAAAAAGGACAAGAAUGGGAGAAAAUGGAAUGCCUCUACAGGUUCUUUUCGGAUAAAGAGAAAGCAGGGCGGUGAGCCGGACGGUGGAGAGCGGCCUGUACAGGUCAUUUCGCGGUCCAAAAGUGCAAAAAGGGAACGUACACCAGUCAUUGUGGUAGAAUCUGCAGAAGAAUUCGCGGAACAAGAGACUGCAAGCAGGAUCACGGUAGUGAACGUUGCCUCCAUGGAAAUGGCGGACGAGCCCGAGUCGACGACCCCUUUGUCGGAAAAAGAUGACUCGGACGUUCACAUCCCCGACUCCCCCAACCUAAACAUCUUUGAACCAACGGAGGACCUCUCUGAUCUUGUGACCGACGACCUCCUCAGCGACACAACCGUCACGCCACCCGAACAGGAUCCCAACCUGACGGACUCGGACGACAAUCUUCCCUUGUCGGUGGUCCUGAGCCGCAAUCCCUACCAGACGAGUCUUCCGCGCUCUGAAAAGAGUUUAUUGGAUUUGUAUGAUCGGGAUACAUUGGAACGGGCGCAGAUGGAGAAGGAGCAAGCAAGUAAGAUGGCAAUUGAUCAGAGUCAGGAACACGCUGGAGCGGACGUGCUGGCUUUGUAUGAUCAAAGUACGUUGGAGAGGGAGCAAGUGAUGAAUGGCGAUACGACUGUUGAUGAUGGUGGAGAACAGAAACCGGAUUUAUGUGGUAGGGUUGCAUCUGAGCGGAUGGAGGAUCAGAACGAGCAAAUGGUCGAUGAUGGUGGGGAACAGAAAACGGACUUAUGCGAUGGUGGUACACCGGAGCGGAUGGAGGAUCAGAGCGAGGAAAUGGUUGAUGAUCGGGCUCAGGAGCAAGUGGUUAUAGAGACUGAGGAAGACCUGAUGAAGUCAGAAGAGCUGUCGCAAGACAAAGGUGCAGACGCACAAGAGGCGCUUGAAUUGGACGACGCACCAGCUUGUCUGGAUCAGCACGAUCCAACUGAAACCCCUACGGAGGGGACCCUCCCCGAACCAAAUCUGGCUGUGCGUACCCCUCCCAAUACACACUCUGUGCCGUACGAUGCAAAGUACUCUGAAGAUUCUACAAGCUGGCAGGAGCCUGACGUUCUCGAUGGCGAUUUUGAAACAUACUCUCCAUCGAUUCAUUCCAAUCCAGUACCUGACCCUCCAACGGACACCGUGUUGCACCUUACGGUUCGAGAAGCGUUUUUGUGUGCUUCUCUCGGAGUUUCUGAGGAUGAGCUGAGCGAAAUGGAGGGCGUGGCGGUCGAGGUUAGUGAGGUUAUACAAGACGAUGGGAUUGGGCGUUCCGAUAUCCCUGCAUUGACGAACGAAACGAAGGAGGUGGAUAACUCCAAGACCUCCCCAUCCACAACGUCUAACCGCGCCGACCGCCCAUCCAUCGAUAUGCGACCCAGAAGCCUUGGACGCCCAACUUACAACGAUGAUGACGACUCUGACACGAUCCCUCUUGGGUUCCAUAACUACUCGUCCACAUCUUUACCUCUUCAAACCAAUCUACAAGUGAACCGCACGGAUCGGAAGCCUAACCCGCCAAAGAAGAGUAAAAUGCAAGCAUGUAUGCGAUGGAUGCGCAAACUUGUCGGCGGUGAGAAACGAGGAAAAAAGGAAAAGGGAAAAGGACGGGCAGUUGAAUCUGGAGUGGAGAACGUCAAGGUGGUUGAAGCUGCAUCCGGUAAACCUCCCGUCAUUAUACGAACGUCAAAUGUGGCAAGAUAUGCGUCAAAGUCGGAUGUGUAUCUGUCCGACUUGCGUGCUGAAGAUACGGACUCGGGGACCUUGGAACGACCGCAAAGGGUAUCCCUGUUUCGCCGCCCGGCAUCUACGGGGAGUCUGCGGGUCACCAAUCCUGAUGAGUCUGAUGAGGAUCGGGAUGAUGAAGUCGGUCAACCUUCCGAAAUGGAGAGCGAUUAUUCGAAGAGCGUCGCCUCGGCGGGAAUAUCUGACAAUGAGGACGAAAAGCUUCCGUCACCUCCUGGGCGGACUGAGGUGCCAGUGGCUGGAUUUGAGAAAGUAGAUGUGGGGUUGGAGAGGUCAGAGUUAUCUGGUGUCGAAUUGUAUGAUGAGAAUUGGAGUGGCACUCCCAACGAGAACAAGUUUGUAAAGCCAGAGACGAUACGCAGCGUAGUCAGUACCCCUGAACCGACACCGGUGCCGUCGAACCCUUUUAUCCUACCCUCACCCUUUUCUUCCCCAAAUCCGUCCCUAGCAAGUAUUCCGACACUGUCCCGCUCCCACACAUCCCUAACAGAGUCCGUUUUCUCGCAGGGGUCGCUGGACGGGUUGUACCAUGAUCUCUGUGUCAGAGGAUUAGGGUUGGAUGAGCUAGCAGGAAAAUAUCAAGGCGCUCCACCUCCCGUGGAUCCGACCCCAGUUACGGUCACACCCGCUGAUCAGUGGCGUUGGAACGUGGCAAAGGCUUUGGAAGCCACAACGAAUGCACGACACCACCGACCCAAUCCGACGCCUAUGCGAUGGAGGGAGAAACCAUCAAGGGUGAGCACGAGUGUUUGGUCGUUGCAUGAUGGAUUUGUGGAUGCGGUAGGGCAGGACGGAUUGGAGGAGGUGGUGGAGUUUGCAUUUGGUGUUGAUGGGAGGAAUUAGGAUUGCGCAUGUACAUUUGGGUGGGGCUUGCGCCUUUGUGUAAUUCAUAUCAUUUAGUAGUAGUAGUCUGUAAACUAAGCAAGUGGUUUUCUAUCCAAUUCAUUUUUUCUGUAACUACAACAUGGAACUUGUAAGAAGUCGA